GUGUUUGAACUCUCGGGAUAUUUGCACAAGUAGCUAGUGAGAAUUUCCCUAUUAGCUUGGUAGGUAGUGGACUCUUUGUACACGGCGCCUCUACUACGAAUCCCGUCACCGGAAGGAUGAUACAACCAUCUCAUGAUAAAUAUUCCGCCCAUAUACGAGAUAACAUUAUGAGUUAUAAAUCUGCAGACAUUGUGAUUUCACAAAGAUGUUUUUAAAAGUGUUACGCAUGUACUCAGGGCGCAACAUAACCGGUCCUACUACAUAUUACAUAUCGUGUUCUACCAGUCUAAACUUGUGCUACCUGUUACUUGGACCGAGUCGAACCGGCGCGAGUCCAAUCAGACUGGUCAGAAGAAAAACCUGGCUUAAUUAUGCGCUUCAUGAUAAAUCGAAUUACCACAUCGGGGACCAGUCAAGUAGUUCGCGAACGUUAGCGUUGGUCGCUAUCGCUGAACACGGUACGUGUUGCUGUUAGGAAUCCAGACUUCUGUGUGUAGUGGUUAAGACACCAGUCUGGGUUCGAAUGGGGAAGUGUGACACCAUGCACCCACUUCACUCACACUUAAGACUAUUGAACAACCAUAAAUUAUCUUCUGUUCUGGAUAAGCCAUAUGCAGUUGUCUCCGUGGUUCAGGUGUGUGCCCAGGACACCGUGUUUAAACUCUAACUUGGUAAAAGAAAAUAUAAUAAAAACAAUAACAGCGACAACACCUCUAGCAGACAGUGAUAGUUUCCUAUCGGAUAUUUACUCAACGGGAUUUUCGACACGAUGAGUAAAACCGGAAUCUUCGUUUUAUUGGCCCCAGGCACAUUGUGUGAUUUCUUCAAUGAAACGUGAAUAUCAGUGGCCGUUUAGAUCACAGAUACCAAAUCGCUGCGUUUAUUACAGUGUAUAUGUAAUAUGUUUGGCUUUCUUUCGACCUCAUCAAGGAAUGUAAGGAUGUCAUCUCUCUCGUUUUAGUGGUCCAAGAUGAAUCAACCAACCACAGUUUUGUUGAUCAGUCUUAAUAGAAGAACAACACAUCUGGAAGAGAAUAGAGUGUUCCGUAUUUCUCAUACAAGUCGUUCGAGCGAUUAGCCAUUAAACAGAGAUUUCGUUACUGAAUUGGAACUUGGUUUGACCAAGACCAGAUCAUGUUUUGCAAAACUGUUCUAUGUCCAAAAAACAAACAGAAGCUCUUUCAUGUCCUCGUUGUGGUUUAUUGUUUAGGCCUGACCGGUCUGUUGAUUUCAUGGAGAGUGCACGGAACCAGCCGUUCUUUGGAUGCUAUUUUAUAUCAUGAUAACACCAUUCGAGUUGAUUCUUUAAAGAAGAAAUACUUCCCAUCAGUGAAAGAGUCAGUGGCUGAUAAAACUCUCUUGAACCCUGUGUAUAUAGGUGGAAACAACUGCUCAAAGAGGCGUGUAGUCUCGUUCUUCGACAGACCAAUGUUGUUGUCUGCAGAACCUAUAUGCUCAUGGCUGAAAAGUGAACACUCUUUGGGGAACUUCAUUGGAUACGCAAACGAAUUUGCUCAUUUACAUGAUGUCGUCGUAAAUCCAUUGAAUGCCGCGGGUAGAAAGGGUGGAGAGAAUAUGUCCAGCGUGUGGAAACAGAACGAACAAGAUGAAUAUCUGAAGCUGAAAAGUGGAUAUUUUUCUAUUCAAUGUAACACGUCGUUAGAAUAUCAGUUCUCUUCAAAAACUCAUUUAAAAGAAUGGAAAAAUUCUCUAGCAUGCGAUCCUAAGAAUAAUUUUAACGGGAUGGUGAAAAUAAAGGGAUUGACUAUUGCCGUUCAAAGAUACGAGUAUGUUAACCUGUAUCACACAAUGACAGACUACUACAACGCCUUCCUGGUGAUGCUGAUCUUUAACAAGAGCCCGGAUGACACUACGAUUCUGUGGGUAGACUCGCAUCCGUCUGGAGGUUUGGACCAGACGUGGAAGACCCUGUUUUCAAACACAAUCAGAGCUGGGCAUUUGAGAGGACCAACAGUCUUUGAGGACAUGGUUUGGAGCAUCAUGGGAUAUGACAGUCCUCUUAAUCAACACAACAGACCGUUCACGCCAUAUCUAGAACAAUUUAGAGAGUUUUUCUUGACGCGUCACGGAGUGUCGCCUGCUAAAACGCUGGACUGUGCUCACCUCAAUGUGAUGUUCAUCUGGCGCAGAGACUAUAUUGCACACCCUAGAAACCCUUCCGGUCUGGUGAAGAGGAAGAUUGCGAACGAGGCGGAACUGUUGGAGACAGUUCGGAAGGCCGUCCCAGGCCACAACGUGACGGGGGUUCAGUUGGACGCGUUGCCCAUGAGGCAGCAGCUAGAACUGGUGGCCAACACAGAUAUUUUUCUAGGGAUGCACGGGGCUGGAUUGGCCCACACCCUGUUCCUUCCUAAACACGGUGGACUCAUAGAAUUUUACCCCACUUACUGGAGUCCGUCUAAUCGACACUUCCGUGCAAUGGCCACGUGGCGCGGGUUGCAGUAUCAGACGUGGCAGAACACGGAUUCGUUUAAUGAAAAGAAAGAUUACUACACUUACAUUCCGCCUCAGACUCUUCUCAACAUGUUCCUUGAGGUGAAAACAAAAAUGUGUAGACAAGUUGAGAAAAGAUAACCUUGUCUGAAGCACCGGCCUCGGUGGUGUCGUGGUUAAGCCGUCGGAUACAAGCUAGUAGGUACUGGGUUCGCAGCCUGGUACCGGCUUCCACCCAGAGCGAGUUUUAACGACUCCGUGAGUAGGUGUAAGACCA